GCGGAAGUGGGAUGAGUGAAAAAGUGAUAACAAAACUGAAACAAACAUGUGAAGAAAGAAACUACUUUGAUUCAUCUAUUAACAACGUUGUGGAGGAAAACCACUAGUGGAGGUUGUGUGUACAGCUUACCAUCAGAAUGCAGUUUAAUCCAACCCCGGGGCAGAAUAACAUUGGGUACCCCCAGCAGGUCCCACAGAAUAACAUAGGGUACCCCCGACAGGUCCCAGCCAGGCAGGGAGGGGGCAUUCCAGCCCCCCAUCAAUCAAAUUGUCAGAGAUCCAGUGGACAUGGAACUGUCUUUUCCCACAAUGCCUUGGCUCCACCAGGAAUAGGAUGGAAUAUCUCCGGAUUCAACCAACAGCAAUCACCAUGGGGACAGAGAAGUGUCUCACCUUUCUCGAACCAAACCAAUCCAUUCAAUGAUAAUUUUGUUCCAAAUAGUACAUCUGUGAGUGCAUCAAGCAGCACUCAAAGCUUCAAUAGCAGAAGUGCUACACAGUUGCAAAGGCAUUUACCGACGGGGCUUAAAACUUCUGCCAAGGAUACAGGUUUCAGUUCCCCAUUAAUAACUCUCUCACCUGAAAAUACUCUACAGCGUAAUAAGGAUGGUAAAGCGGAGACUUCCACUUACAGCAUGGAUCUUGAGGGACUAGAUUUUACCGCCCCGAGUUCAAAUUUAGGUGCUCAAAAACCUCUUAGUUCUUCAACUGAGGAAAUGUCAUCUAGCACUCAAAAGUCAGUGUACCCAGAUUAUAGCCAUGUGUUUAAUGAAAUUCGAAGGGAACAAAAUGUAAAUAAUGUGACACAGUUAAAUUCUUGUUACAAUAUGAACCCCCCUAAAACUUCAAAUGUUAAUUAUUUGAAUCCCACUAAAACACAAACUGUGACUUCCACUGUUAACUAUGGAUGGCAUACGUCAUAUCUGUCGGGAAAUGGUCAGCAAAAUUCUGGGAAUAAAUUGGAGUUGUCAUGGCAAGGGAAUUCAGGGACUCAGUCCAAGAGCCGCUUUUCUAGUUAUCAGCCUACGUUUAGGUCCAACUGGACUUACCAGAGUCCACGUCCAACGUACAAUGCGUGGGGAUAUAAUCCAAGCUUUAUCAUGCCAGCAGCAUCACCAACAUUGUUUCCAUCUUUAUCCCAAGUCUCUAGUAGCAGUGACUUUGAUGAUUUGCGUUCUCGUAAAGAAGAAGAAACCGAAGAGGAGGAGUCCGAUAUUUUUGAAAAUGAAAUCAUACCACAGAGAGAUUUUGUGGAAGAGAACCAGUCUCGUUCUAGGACUUCUAGUGAUUUAAUCGAAUUCGAAGAGCCAGAAGAACAGGAGUACAUGUCAUUGGAUUUAUUUGAUCCUCUAUAUUCUAGAACUCGUAGGGAGUCGAUUAUUUAUCGGAGAAACUCUAUCUCAGGGGAAAACGAUGUGUUAAAAAAUACUGAAGGUCACGUGGAUUUUUCUGAAUUGGAGCGUCCACAGACAGGACUGUAUCCCGCUAUUCCAGAGGAAGCCAAAGAUUCGGAAACUUCUCGGGAAAGUGUUUAUAGACCUGAGCGUAGUGAUACGUUGUCUAGCACUGAUGCUCUGGAACUAUUUUUGAGAUCUAGUCAUGUGGAGGAACAGGUAGAAGAAACCAAGCCCGACAUCCCAGAACGUCCACCUCCAGUAUUGCCAAGAACAGCAUCGACUCAUGAGGGACCAUAUGAGAAACUUCAUAAACGAGUGUUUGUUGAUGAAGAGUCCGAGACAUUUAGUCAGAUGGUGUCCAAAUUGAAGUCAAAAUUUAGUUCCAAAGACCCCUCGGUCAACAGAGGUUAUGUCGUAAGUGCGUUUUGUGAAAUACAGCAGCCCUCCAUGUCUGUCAAGAUUUCCAUUCAUUCUGAUUACUCGGUGGAUCCUGUCAUCUUUACAUGUGAUGUUCAUUGUAAUGUAGAGCAUGUGAUUGGUAAUGUCCUGUAUAAUCAUAUACAGUCCGAGGGCUGCAGUGCGGAAGACUUUGUCCUUAAAGUUUAUGAUAAAUCGGAGUAUCUACUCAAUGAUCACCCCCUGUCAGAAUAUGAGUAUGUCCACAAUUGUCUGAAGCUUGAUAAAGACAUCAGAUUUAUCAUGCUGAGAAAACAGGAUAUUCCUUUACCAUUCCUUAGAACAACAGAUGAUGAUGAUCAGUUUCUGGUGUUUCCUAAAGACUAUGUGUCAGCUUCAGAAGGAGUGGUAUCACAGAUACAGCUAGAGACUCUUAUGAACACUUUCUAUAGAGAAUUAGAAAGCCUAAUGGAUCAUAUAUUAAAGAACAGUAUAGCCCAGAUUCACACCACAGGAUUAAGCCAGUCUGUGAAGGCUAUCUGUACCAUACUAGCUAACAUUCAGACUAUUGAGGUCACCAGGUGUCUGAAGAGGGCAGAGGACAUAUUUCAACAAAUGCUAGAGAAUCAGAAACAACAAGGUGAAGGCUCAGCUUACAGAGGAACCCAGGCAGCCAUCAGCAUUGCUACUCACUCGUCACUGGUACAGGAGAUACAGGAAAUGCUAGAACAGCUGAUAAAAGCUGUCAAUCAGCUGGUCAAGAUGUACUGCACCGCCUUCCACACUGAUUUCAUGCUGGGAUCACCAGUCAAAAAGAGCUAUAGUGAGAAAUAUGCAACAAAAGUUGAAGACGAUUUUAUCCUUCAUAUAGCCACUGCUCAUAGAAUACCCACAGAAUGGAUUCAAAGGUAUGAUGAAUACAAGGUUGUAUGCUCACUUCAUCAUGGAAGCAGGAAAAUUGGAGAUGAUGUUGUAUCACAAACAACAACCAAUCAGAAGGACCUAUGUGAUUUACUCAACUGGGAUCAGUGGUUGAGUUUUAAGGAUGUUUCUGUCAGUAAGUUACCCAGAGAGACACGACUUUGUGUGACUCUGUGUGGCAUGAAAGGUAUGCAGAGUACACAAAACAAUGAGGCUUCUAAAGUGUUGAUGGCUCUAGGCGGGGUCACCAUGCAGCUGUACAACCAGAAGGGGUACUUGAUCCAAGGCAGUCAGCUGGUUCCUCUGAAGAUGAACAUGCUUGCUGAUCCUUUCAGUCCUUACUGUUCAGUGUUAGAUAAAGACACAGUACUAUUACAAAUAAAUCUGCCAGAUUGGGGAGAAAAUAUUGUGUUUCCAGACGUUCUUCCAAAAAGUGGAAGUGAUAGGAAAAGUUUUGGGCAACUUUUGCCAGAAAUCCAGGAUAUUGUUGAUGGAGUACUGGAGAAAGAUUGUAUAUCAUCCUGUCAAGCAGACGAGCUGGAGAUUUUGUGGAGAUAUAGGCAUUAUUUGUACGAGCAUCCUCAGUUGUUGCCAUGGAUAAUACAGGGAUCUAAGGACUGGGAUUAUUAUCAGCUGGCUGAUAUCAGUGGGCUGUUACGGGAUUGGACUGUCCUAGAUCCCAUGCAGGCUCUGGAGCUUCUCCUUCCACAGUUCCCUGAUAGCAGAGUUCGUGAAUUUGCUGUCGAUUGUCUGCAUAAAAUCAAAUCAGAUGAGAUUGUGGACUUCUUACCUCAGCUUAUUCAGGCAUUGAAAUAUGAAAGUUACCAUGCAUCUCCCUUAGCUUGGCUCCUGUUAGAACGAGCAAGUUCAAGUGUAAGAUUUGCUCAUCAGCUGUUCUGGUUACUGAAAGGUACGGCGGCCCAGGACACCACAUACAAGCGUAGGUACGAGCUGAUGUUUGUGGCGCUGAUUAACGUGGCAGGAGAUCUUCUGUACCAAGAAUUCCGCAAACAGGAAGUCAUGGUGAAAAUUCUAACCACCAUGGGGGAGAAAGUCCAAGUAGCCAAGGAUAAAGAGAAUACUCUAAAGAGAGAAUCCCAGCAUUUACAGGAGUUCUUUGAUGAGAGAGGCAGUUGUUUGUUACCGUAUGAUCCAGGUCUAUGUGUCACGGGAGUGGAUCUAAAGUCAUGUUCCUAUUUUACAUCCAAUGCAGUACCAUUGAAGUUGGUGUUUAGAAAUCCCAACAUCAGAGCAGAUCCAGUCUAUGUCAUGUUCAAAGUUGGAGAUGAUUUAAGACAGGACAUGUUAACAAUGCAGAUGAUCAAAAUAAUGGAUAGACUUUGGCUGAAGGCUGGGUUGGAUCUUAAAAUCAUUACAUUUGCUUGUUUGGCCACUGGACCUAAAAAAGGUUUGGUAGAACUGAUCACAGAGUCAGAAACUCUUAGGAAAAUACAAGUACAGGCAGGAGUUACAGGUUCAUUCAAGGAUCGACCAAUCAAAGAGUGGUUACAAGGUCAUAACCCCACAGAAUUAGAAUAUCAAAAAGCUGUUGACAACUUUACCAGGUCCUGCGCUGGAUAUUGUGUGGCUACAUAUGUGUUGGGAGUGUGUGAUCGUCAUAAUGAUAACAUUAUGUUAAAGCAGUCUGGUCACAUGUUUCACAUUGACUUCAACAAAUUCUUGGGAGAUGCUCAAAUGUUUGGCAAUUUUAAAAGGGAUCGUGUUCCGUUUGUUUUGACCUCUGACAUGGCGUUUGUCAUCAACAAUGGAGAGAAACAGAGUGACAAGUUCCAGCUGUUUAUUGACCUCUGUUGUCAGGGAUUUAACAUCCUCAGAAGGAACGCAAACCUCUUCCUCAACUUAUUUGCUCUGGUAUACUUCAAUAUUAGAGAUCAAAUCAAUAUUGGCGAUGAGAUGUCAUUUUUUGAGUUAUCAAGGUCAGGGAUUCCCGGAGUGACGGAGGGAGCAGCUCGAUACAUACAGAGGGCGCUGUUACCUGGCCACACAGAGGCUCAGGCAACUGCCAUGUUUACAAGGAUGAUUGAGGACAGUUUGAAAUCAGUUUUCACACAGUUUAAUUUCUUUAUCCACAAUCUCGGUCAGAUGAAGUUUUCCAGUCAUCAAGAGGGUGCAUUACUAUCGUUUGUUCCUAAAACUUACAGUAUAAAUACAGAUGGUAAAAUUGAGAGUGUGGUUGUACACAGUUAUCAGAAGCGUUAUCAGCCUGAGAGACACUAUAUCUUUAUUUUCAAAGUGGAACGUGCAAACCAGAAAGUUCCAAUGUUUGUCUUUCGCCAUUAUUCAGAAUUUCUUGAAUUCCGAAACAAAAUGAUGGAUCUGUUUCCUCUGGCUUCCUGGCCUCCACCAUUAAGCAAGUUCCAGAUGGGGAGAUCACACGUGAAGAAACUAGCUGAAGCAAGAAAGCAGGAGAUGGAUCGAUUUGUUCAUGAGUUAUGGAGGAAGGCACCAGAAGUGUGUGAGAGUGACAUCGUGUACACAUUCUUUCACCCUCUGUUGAGAGAUGAACAGGAGGCACAGAAAGCCCGACUGAACAUUCCUAAACUGAGAGAGAGCCCGGUGGAACUUGUACCUAAGCGUUCACAGUUUGGGAUGUUGCAGCUCUCCAUUCAUCAUCGGAAGAAUGUAUUGCACAUCAUGAUAAUGCAUGCCAAAGACUUACCUGCCACUUCAGAACUGCCUAGUCCCUAUGUGAAAACAUAUCUACUGCCAGAUCCUGAUAAAGAGACCAAAAGGAAAACAAAGAUUAUCAAACAUUCCACACACCCUACCUUUAAUGAAGUGAUUGAGUAUAAAAUGAGUCUUGAUGAAUUGAAACAGAAAAUUUUACAAGUGAGUGUCUGGGACCAUGAUGUGCUGAAGGAGAACAAUCUCCUCGGUGCUGUUUACAUAAAAUUACGGGAGAUGGAUGUCUCGAAGGAAAUACCAAAAUGGUACAACCUGGAAAAAAUUCAAAUCACUAAUUCCAGCAUUGCAUAGCCAGACAAUGAAUAAAAUAUGUAAGCUGUGAAUUAUGGUUUUACUUUCUGUAUAUUAAGGGCAUUGGUAAGUUACAUGUACAAGGGAAAAAAAAAGAUAACUUUGAAACCUAAAAAAUUAUUAGGUUUUAUGAUAAACAAAUUAGUGUGUUUGGCAAUUGAUAUAAGGGUACCAGUUGUUUUACCCUUUCUUCAAUAUAUAAAUGCUGGCCUGAGGAAAUUCAGUGUUAUAUGAUUUAGAUCUCAAUAGUUAGGGUAGCUGAUUAGAUAAAUGCUCAGGACAUUUAUAUAAUACUCCAUAUAUGUACACCUGCAUAAGAUUCUUAAGUCAAAAUUGAACUCUGUGCAUAAUCUUUAACAGUAGUUACCUGUACUGUAAACCAAUAAUUAUUUGCUUUCUUUUCGUGAUUUUUUAGUUUGGAAUCCAUCUGCAGCAAGUUAUUUUCACACCAAAGCAAUAUUGCAUAAAAGUACAUACAUGUAGGUGAAUAAUUGGUUUGCUACAAGAAAUAUUCUUGUGUAAAUGUAGGUAACGAAACUUGUGGAUAUUUUUCACUCAGGAAUAGAAGUUGGUUUACAGUAUGUCAUUUCAAAUUCAGUACAAUUUUUAAGUGAAAUAAAACAAAUAUGAAGUUGCUCUAAUUUUUUGGAGAUUAUUAUUUUUUUUUAAAGUAUUGUUUAAUUUAUACAUAAAGUUCAUUUUUGACUCAAGAAAAUAAGCCAAAAGAAAAAUUCCACCAAAAUCCAGGAAUCUUGCCAGUGUCCUUCAUAAACUUAGAAAAAAAGAAAUGAUUUUAUUUUAUUAGCUAAGUCAUUGAUUUGAUGGGUCUUCUUCAUUAACUUGUAGUAUGACUUUAGAUAAACAUGUUAAUGUUGUGAUCAAAAUGGCUUCUUCCAUAAGUGCUUCCUUGGGUGAACAUUUUGCUCAAAUCAACUGUUCAGCCACUAGUUUUUUUUAACACUUUAAGUCCACGGGUACAUUAAAAUUAUUGUGUUGUGUUUCAAAGAACAUGUAUCGUAUGUAGUAUUUAAUGUAUGUAUACAUUUUUCUUAAAUGUUUUAUUUUUGAUUGUGAUUUAGUCUGGAAUUGAAUUCUAUCAAAAAUAAUUUGGAAUGGUUUCGUGUGAAAAUAAAGAUGUUCAAAAAAGAGCCAUUUAAUUUGUUUACAUUCCUUUAAAAUUCACGAGAAAUGCCAGAUAUACAUCAAGAUGCAUUUUGACUUAGAAGACAUUAAAAUUUAAAUACAUGGCAAUGGUUUCCGUGUUAAUCAUAUUUUUUUUUGGUAAAUUAGAAAUCACAUCUUUACACAUGUAAAUAAUUUAAAGACAAAGAUUCAAAAGUAGUUUUAUCUAUAUCUUGUAUUUUUAAAGUAUUAAAUUUACAAUAUACUGUAUUCAUAACAAGUUUUCUGCAUGAAUAUUGUUAUACAUAAUUUGUGAUAUGGUAAUUAUUUAUAUACAUGUAUGUAAAUGUUAAUGAAUGAAAGUAGUGAAUAGCUAGAAUAUUUUGUUCAUUUCAUCGUGAUUUUUUGUUCAUUUCAUUGUGAUUUGUUGGUCAAUUUUUUUUUCAAAUGUUUUAGAAAUGAAAUUGUUGUUUGCACAAUGCUUCAUUUUUUGUUGAUCAUAUACUGGUAACUUGUCUGUCUUUUUGUCUAUUUACUAUCUGUUAACAACAAGUUUCUAAAUGCAAUAUUUUUAGAAGCACUAUAGACAAAGAUGUUUUAAUGCUAUUUUGUAUAGGAAGACAUGCUGUACAUGUAUAUGACAAUUUUGAAUACUAUCUCGGACUAAAAAAAGGGAACCUGCUGAAAUUGGUGAAUAUUCACUAAAGAAUGUUUUGUUUGUGUGGAGUCCAAAACAGUAGUGCUGUACUGAACGAUUUUUCAGGGACUUUUUCCUUUUUUCGAUGUGUGUCUAAAUUUUGUACAUAAAUUUAGCAUUUCUCUUGUAAAAUAUUUAAAUGUCAUGCUUGCUUUUUAACAAGCAUUUGUACAUGUUUAUUUAUUCAUUUUGUUUAGCAUUUUGGCUGUUGUACAUUACUCUUUAUUUUCUUGAGAUGUGAUUAUUAAGUUUUUAUCUAGUCUUAAAUCUAUAUUUCUGUGCUCUGAUUUCAGUAAUUUAAUUAUUUAUGUGGUAGGGGAGGGCUACAAAACAAUAGUGCUGAU